CUCCUUUUGACAAGAAUAUAAUGAAAUCUGUAAUUUUCCCCCUUUUGUGCUGUGAGGUCAUUAUUCCUGAUAAUUGCACACUUUUUUCUAUCAAUAUUAAAAUAAUGAAAUCUGUACCACCUGUAAAAAAUAAAGAAAAUUAUAGGUAGAUGGCGCUGGAAAAGAGCGCUCACCAGUUUGUCGACAAAGCGUCACCAGCUUCAGUUUGUUGGAUAAAACCUUAGCAACUUUUUUUGUUUUCAGGCUUUUAAUUUGAAGAUAGACAUUGACUUUGUUUCUGCUUUUGCCUGUAAGCGAUAAGGAAGAAAGAAGAAAGUAUGGCAGAGUUUAAUUAGCCUAUAAAACGAGAAUUUGCCUAUCUCCUAUCAGCCGAAAUUCGUUGCAGACUUUCUUCUAAACAACUCCGACGUCAUGCUGAACAAUUCGUCUGGUAAUACCUCGAGCCAGCAAGCUCUCCUAUACCAAAUUAUUGGUCAAAGCGUAGUAGGAGUCAUAUUUAUCGUUGGUAUAAUAGGAAACAUAAUGGUUAUAUUAGUUGUAGCAAGAACGAAAAGUAUGAGAACACCAACCAAUUGUUACCUUCUUUCUCUGGCUGUAGCGGAUUGCUUGGCGCUAUUAAGCACAACUAUACCUAUUCAAGUAGACUUUCACAUCCAGACAGGAAGAUGGGUUUUUGGAGAAGUAGGCUGUCGGAUUAUCAUAUUUUGUCAAUAUACAACAACUACUGCUUCUGUAUUAUCAAUAACUGCCUUUACUAUAGAGCGUUAUAUUGCAAUUUGCCAUCCUAUGAAGGCCCAGACUGUCUGCACUGUGAGUAGAGCCAAAAGGAUAAUAGGAGGUACCUGGGGAUUUUCUCUUGUAUAUAACUCCCCUUGGUUGUUUUUCGUGAAAAUUACUACGAACAAUUCAAAAAUACCAAUAUGCGACUUUUCCUUGGACAGAAAGCAUUAUAUUGUUAUCUAUAUGUGCGAUUUAAUGCUACUAUAUGUAAGUCCUCUACUGCUGACUUGCGUCCUCUAUGGCCUAAUCGGACGGAUGUUAUUUAGAAAUCUGACACCAGGAGGACACAAUGACUCGGCCAAGCGAUCUAGCUCUAGAGUACAGGUAAUGGCUUUCGUGACGGAAUGUAGAGAUAGAAUCUAUAAAGCUUUCCUUAAAAAAUUUUCGCUUUUACUAUCGUAAUCCUAUACCCAUAGCUACAUGAAUGGUUUAUAUUUAUAUACCUCGAAAAAUGAAUACUUUUCCUAUUUCUAAACUAAUUAGCUAAUGUAUAUAAUCUCUCUCUCUUUCUCACUUCUGUUUCCUACUUUAUUUCUAUCUCUUGUCCUACAUUUUCUCUCUCUUCCUCCCCUUUUUCCAAUGCUUUCUCUCCUACAAUCAUCAUUCCAUUCUAAGUAGAUUUGAAAAGUUAUAUAUAUAUAUAUAUUAUAUAUCAAUGCUGGUUUUGAAAGGGAGACUUUCUUAAAGGCAAUUAACAAGAUGAUUUAAUAUUACAUUAUGAGAAAAUUUUUUUAAUUUGUUUUUUUUUUCAAUUAACAUGGUAAAAUGUGUUUUCUAAUGGAAUUUAACUUAAUCAAUGUUUCAAAACAGCUUGGCUUUUCUAUUUGAAGGGAGAAAACUGUUUGGCUUUUUUUGCUACACAGAAAUUUUAGGUUGUAAUUUAUAAGCAGAAAAGCAAUGAUUGAAAAACGAAAAGUAUUUAAUGUUAUUAAACGAACGAUUAUGAUAUAUGAAAAUAAAAGUAAUAAGAGAUUGGAAAAGUGCAUAAAGAAUAUUAAAUUGGUACGGUACUUUCUUUUCUAUUUAAACAACGAAAGACAUCUCUUUUCCAAAUAGAGUAUACAUAUAUAGAUAUAUUUUGUGAUGGAUAUAUACUCUAAAUUUAAGUAUAGAAUUUCUAAAAAUGAUAGAUAAUAUAAGGAAAUGUAUGAAAAAUGCUUCUUGAUAGAAAUAAGAAAUAAGGCAAGUUAAUAUUAGUUUUAAGAAUUCGAUAUCGAUACAUGAUACGUUUAUAUUCCCAUGUAAGAUAUACUAUAAUAUAAAAAUAUUAAGCUAAUAUAAUUUAAAGAGUGCAUUUACGUCCAAGGUAGUAAGUUCCACUGACCUCUCUUACUAUAUUAAAAUCUAGCUUAUCCAAAUUAAUAAUAGUUUCUAUAGAAAUAAACCUAGUGGUUUUUCCCUUAAGGCGGUAUCAAUCAGUGCGUAAGGCGUUUAGAAUUGGAAAUGAUAUUUCCAGCUCUAAUUUAGUGACUCUUCAGUUGUUUCUCUCCUCUUUGAAACCGUUCUUACAUAUCUAUUCAAUAUAAAUUUGUGUAGUUGUUUCUACUUAGCGUCUUAUUUAUCUUUAACAAAGAAUUUCCCAUUGUCUUUUAUUAUUAAGUAAUGAAAUAAAGAACCCAAUUGAAGGCCAAAACGUCGAUAGGAUCAAUGAGAAACGAUUUCUCAAUCAAGCACGACAAUUUAGCUUUGCCACUCCAUAAACCAAUUAAACAAAUUAAAAUUGAGAGAGAAAAAUGAAUCACGUGAUUGAGAGCCGAAUAAAUCUUCAGAUUUCUUUGUGAGGCAUUGAAUCGUGCGAUUAUCGAUCGUAAAUUCGACUCUAAAACCUAGAAAAUUAGCUUUGUUUCAUCGCUUCAUCUGCCUGGAAUGUAGGUCUAUUACUCAUAAAUAUUAUUUUUUUUUUGCUGUAUAUUUUAGGGUUAGCGUAUAAAACCGGAUAUUCUAUAGAUCAAUCGUUCAUUCCAUAGAUUAGGUGCUAGCAUACGUUUUCUUUAAUAUAACUGGUUGUACUAAAGAUUAACGUUGAUAUCUCUUGCGGUAUGUAAUAUAAAGUUUUAGACUUUAUACUGCGCAUAAAACUUGAAGCAUCGCCUAAAAAAAUCAUUUGGUAACCUUCUUUCGGCCGUCUGUCAGAGAAAUUGAUAAAAAUUGUAUAAAUCUUUGAUAACUAGAGUUCGAAUUUUAUAUUGAUAUAUAAUUAUAAUGUAUAAUAUUGUCUUUGAUGGAAAAGCAUAUCUAUUAUUCAAAUUAUUGUAUGUUAGGUGUAUAGGUCUUUGUAGGCAUAAAGCUGAAUUUAUAUGUAAUUACUGUGCGUAAAUAGAUAAUCAUACCUAUAUAUAUAUAUAUAUAUUAAAUUGAACCAAGACUGCGAAAAAAUCCGAUUACUUACAUGAUAAAGUCAUUUCUAAAACAUGAAAAAUUUCGUUUCCAUCUAUAUCUUCCUCAUUUCAAGUUUCCCUAAUCGAUUUCUAAUUUCUCUCUAAACUAAUUAAAUAAUAUAAAAAAAAUAAGAUGAAAGAUGAAGGGGAAAAACUAAAAUUGCCUAAUAAGAAUGCAAAAAGACAAAAGAUCUUAUAUCGUAUUAAAGGAAAAGGUUUAGUUCGCGACAGAGGUAAAAGAUGGUUGGGAACAAUAGAAAUUUUUUAAAAAAGGCAGUGAGAGUAGCCAUGAUUGAUUUUUCUAUAGACUAGAUUUCUGGAAAUUCACCCCAUCAAACUCCCAAUUGAAUUUAGUAAUUUGUCAGCGUAAAAGAGAACUAAUUAACCAAAGUCGAAUUGAAAACUAUCUCACGAUAAUCUCUUAAAACUUCAUAGUCUCAUAAUUCAAUGUAUUGUGUUUCAAUUGUUUCGCUAUAAAAGAACACGAAACUUCGAAAAUGUCUAUUGAUAAUUUAAGAUAUUAAUAAAAAGGCAGACAAAACCUUUAAUAGGUUUCUGAAAGAGGUAAAGUAAACUUUGUAGGAUCUAUCAAAAAAGAGUUAAUAGCCGUUUUCUUCCGCCUCCUAUCACGUUCUUACUAACCGGAUAUGUGGGAAGUAUUCGGCCAAAGUCUAUAUGGCAAGGAUGGCAGUUUGAAAGGUUGAAAGCUAAUCAGGUGAUAUAACGAAUGUAGGAAUACGGAAAUCGUUCGUCGACUCAGUGAUGUUGAUGAUAAAGCGUCUAAUUUAUUUUUUGCCUCCUAUCUAAAGGGUCAUCGAAUAUGUAAAAUUAUCUUUCUAGACUAAAGUAAACGACUAGUUUCCAAUCUGCAACCAAAAUAUACGUAUCGUUUUUUGUACUUGCAUCUAGUGAAUGUAUAGAAGGACGCUACCCUAAUCUAACCUUGUAUAUGCAUUUCAUAAUUCAUUUUGUAAGAACAACUAAACGUAUUACAGGUUAUCAAAAUGCUUGCUGUAGUCGUCGCCCUGUUCGCUCUACUCUGGAUGCCUUAUAGGAUAUGGGUCGUUUAUAAUUCGUUCGCAAAAAAUCGCUAUUCAAACAUCUGGUUCCGCUUGUUCUGCCGAGUUCUCAUCUACGCCAACAGCGCCAUAAAUCCGAUCCUCUAUAACGCCAUGUCAGCCAAGUUCCGAAGGGCAUUUCGAAGCUUACCUUCUUGCGGGAAAAGCGACUAUAACGGUAAUAAAUUUGCGAGUCCAACUCAGUACAGCAGGGUUGCUGUUGAGAUGCGUUGAGUUUUUAGUUUUAAUAUAUUAUUCAUUAUUUCUUUUCUUUAGUUGAGUGUCGUAUAAAUAAAACUUGAUGGGCGUUCAUCUUUCUAAGUUAUGUCCUUUUUUAUUCCUAAAUAUUCGAUUAGUUUGGCAUUCUUUUAAUAAAAAUAAUAUAAAUGCAAUUAGUAAAAUGUUAUUAAACAUUAUAGUUUUUUCAUAUAUUUCAUUUUCAUCCAGUUCAGUUUUAUAGUGCUACCAUAAACUCAUCAAUAACAUAUUUUUAAUUCGACGCUUCCACCGGCUCAGUCGUGACGUCUUCCGUGAAAUAUGGGUUCCGCCCAUAUUUUACUCCACCAAACCAUUAACUUACGAAUUAAGUCCAUAGAUAAAUAUAAUAAAGUAUGUGUAACAGGUUCUAAGGACAAUAUUAAGUUAUUUAAUCAAAU